GCGAGACUUCCUCCGAGCGCAUGACCAAGACCACCUUGACCAGGGCGAUGAUUGUUACAGUACCCAGGUAGUCAUGCAACCGCCAACCCCAUCUUCACGCUGACAAUACGCCAUUGGGCCAGGGGUGCUGUUGUACGCUGAGAGGGGGAUCGAGCGAUUUGCCCGCCCAAAACCCCACUGGAGACUCCGGAGGGGAUGGGAUAUAAGGUGGGUGAGUCCACGGUGAGCGUUUGUGUGAGUCUUGCCGUAGCCACCCGAUUACUGCCAAAGAUACGCUUUACAGUCUGCCUGCCCGAGGAAUCCCAGCCGGGCGAGAAGAGGAGGAGGUCUCUGAACUGCCAGCAGUAUUGUCAAGUCCAGUCCGGCCAUGGAAUCAGCAGAGAAAAUGGGCAGUGGGGACGCCCACGGGCCCGCGCACAUCGAGAACGAGCAUGAUCAAGUCUCUCGCACCGGCCCGCCACGCCAGGCGUCCAUGGUAUCGCGGCGACUCAGCGAAGCGCAGGCCAUCAAGCUGGCCGAGGACGACAUGGCUGUCGUGGACGAGGAGAUAGCCGAGUUCGAGGCGGAACUGGAAGCCAACCCGAUCAAGAGCUCGUUUCUCAACCCGCAGCUCUCGUUCAACGAUCCUCGCCACUUCACAUGGCUGCUGGUCGGCUUUGCCUCGAUGGGCGGCAUGCUGUCCGGGCUGGACCAGAGCGUGAUUUCCGGAGCGUUGCUGUACAUGCCGGACGAUCUGCACCUGAGCACAUCGCAAAUAAGUCUGACCAGCUCGGCGGUGCCUCUGGGAGCCAUUGGCGGCGCCUUGAUCCUGGGGCCGUGCAACGAACUGGUCGGGCGGAAGAUGGCCAUCAUCAUCUCUUUGUUGUUGUACACUGUCGGCGGAGCCCUGGAGGCCGGAGCCAUUAACUUCGGCAUGAUCGUGGCGGCCCGUGUGAUUCUCGGCAUGGGCCUGGGUCUCGAAGGCGGCACUGUCCCCGUUUACGUGGCAGAGUCAGUUGAGAAAAAAUACCGUGGCAACUUGGUCAGCCUGUACCAGUUCAUGAUUGCCUUUGGCGAAGUGAUCGGAUAUGUCGUGGCGGCCAUUUUUGUGAAUGUCCCCAAGGGCUCUUGGCGGUACAUGCUCGGCUCUUCACUGGUCUUUAGCACCAUUAUGCUUGUCGGUAUGAUAUACAUGCCCGAAUCGCCCCGGAUGCUCAUGCAUCAGGGCAAAAGGCUCGAGGCCUUUGCCGUCUGGAAGAGAAUUCGUGGGUUGGAGCGGCCCGAAGCCCGGAAGGAGUUCUUCAUCAUGCACCAUGCUCUAGAUGCCCAGGGGGGCGCCCCGGAGGAAGGUGUCUCCACACGCCGCAAAUUCGUCUGGCUCGACUUCUUUACCAACCCUCGAGCAAGAAGAUCGAUUGUUUAUGCCAAUAUAAUGAUCGCUUUGGGGCAGCUAACUGGCAUCAACGCAAUUAUGUACAGAAUGAGUACGUUGAUGGCGCAGAUCGGGUUCAACAAGAAAGAGGCAGUGUUCAUGAGUCUGGUGGGAGGGGGUUCACUUUUGCUCGGCACCAUUCCGGGAGUGCUGUACAUGGAAAAGUUUGGCCGACGCUUCUGGGCCAACACCAUGCUGCCCUGUUUCUUCAUCGGAUUGGUCCUGGUCGGCGUGUCGUACCAGCUGACUUCGUUCACGGCCACCGAGGGUGUCUAUCUGACCGGCAUCAUUUUGUACAACGGAUUUUUCGGCUCCUACGCCUGUUUGACAUGGGUCCUGCCCAGCGAGGUCUUCCCCACCUAUCUACGGUCCUACGGCAUGGAAUCCACCGACGUGAACUUGUUCUUCGGCAGCUGGCUCGUCACCUACUUCUUCUCCGACAUGCAGCGCGCCAUGACGAAGACUGGCUUGACCCUCGGCUUCUACGGCGGCAUCGCCGUCCUCGGCUGGUUCUACCAGCUUCUGUUCAUGCCAGAAACGAAAAACAAAACCCUCGAAGAGAUUGACCUCAUCUUCAGCCAGCCGACGAGCGAGUUGGUCAAGCAGAACCUUAAGAACAUCGCCGCCACUAUGAGUGAUCUGGCUCAUUUCAGGUUCCGCAGAGUCUUUUCCCCGGUCGAGGAAAGCCACGAGCCUGAACGCCAAGUCAAGGAUGUCAAGGUAUAGAUAGAUAGAUAUCUGGACGAAGACAGACAUGGUAUAUGGGGACAAAUGGAAGAAUGAAGCGUGUAUAGUCACAGGGGUUACGCAAGGCUCCGGUCAUGUGAUUACUACAGAUGCGUAUCUAUGUGCCUGGACAGGAGAUGGCAUUCAGGCUUAGCCGGGAGUGCUUAGGUGCCGAAGGGUCAAGCGGGUAGAUAACAUGACGAAGAGGAAUGUCCUGUACUAGUACCUAUACAAGGUCGAUCUUCCGAUGCACGUUACGCUACGAGGCCAACAAUGACAUGGCAUUGAGAUAACCCGAAUACCGCUGUUGCGGCUCCUGCUUCAGCGGAUAGACCAGGACCACCAAGCCCAGGCUACACGAGACAUUGAUAUAAGACGGCUCCAGAGUUGAAGUGAUUCCAUUGUUCUUGUUCCAAGCACUUAGAUGCUCUCAUGCCAUAAUAUGUUCAUUUCUGUCUAGAUCAAUCCGUCACACCUACGGCUGCAGCUUGGACGGGAGGCUGAGCUGGGGCAUGGUACUGAGAGACACCAUCAUUCCCUG